CUGUCUGAUUUGGUCCUCAUCACAGCCGAGGAGGUGGGACUGUGGCAUUCUGCGCAGCUAACGGAUGAGGAAACCGACUGCUGUGCUCGGUGGGCAGGGCAGAAUCUGGCCCCUGGCGUGGGGCCUCAGUCAGUCUCCCCACUCCAGAGAUUCCUGAAGAGCUUUUCUACCCUCAGGCUCUGGGAUCUCAGUGAAAUCUUUCUGUGUACCUUGACAUUUUUUUUUUUCUUUAAUUUUUUCCCCCACAAAAAAGUGUAUGAUUUCAAACCCUUUCUUCCAGGAAAUCUGUUGUUCAGAGUUAGGUGGUGCAGCGUUUUCUCCAGAAAGGUUAAUUCCAAUGUAGAGUGGACGAGGUUGCAAACUCCUGUUUGUCCUCCGAGCUCUUCUUUGGAAAUUGAAGUGCAGCUUGCAUUUUGAUGUUUGCUUACUUUUCCCCUUGGAAACACAGUCAUAAUGAAGUUAGUUUGUUUUCGCCAAUGGAACUUGUCCUCUGAUGCAAACUGGUCUAAGGGCUAGAACCUUAAAAAGAAGGUGUGACCCUGGGGUCUCUGUGACAGUGUUUCUUGUGGCACACCCCCAAACUGGUCUAUUUUUAGCUUUCAGCUUCUUGAUCAUGUGAUUUCCCACUCCUCCCCCAAGGAAAAGCAGCGAUGAUGGAGUUUGGAAAUGAAGUUCAGUCUCCGAGGCUGCUGCUGUGCCGAUGAGUAUUGGAGUGUCAGGAAGGCCGAGGAGGAGCUCCUAGAAUAGACGGGUCUGGAGACCCACCGCCAGGGCGGUAACAAGCCUUGUAUUCUGAUUUCCUCCCUGGAAGUGAAGAGAGUUUGAGAGGCAGGAGGCAAAGACCUUUCAGAGCAGAGUUCAAGUUUUUCUUGCACGGGCUCGCCGCUGGGUGAUGGGGAUGUCUGAGAGAUGAAUCCCCGUCCAGCUGGUGACUUGGUCCACGUUUGCUCUUCAGCAAAGACACUUGGACUUGGAAGGGCUCUGUGAUCCUCUGGCUUUAUUUAGAAUGGGCAAUGCUAUUGAAAAACAGAAGCCCCUGAGACGAAGCCACCUGUGUCCCUGGAAGCAAGACUCUCAGCGUUCUCAUCUCUCCUCCUUCACCAUGAAGCUGAAGGACAAAUUCCACUCGCCCAAAAUCAAGAGAACGCCAUCAAAGAAGGGAAAACCAGCCGAGGUGUCUGUGAAGAUUCCAGAGAAGCCCAUGAACAAAGAGGCAACAGACAGAUUUCUACCAGAGGGCUACCCUAUCCCCUUGGAUCUGGAGCAGCAGGCAGUAGAGUUUAUGUCCACCAGUGCUGUGGCUUCCAGGUCUCAAAGGCAGAAGAACCUGAGCUGGCUGGAGGAGAAAGAGAAGGAAGUUGUCAGUGCCUUGCGCUACUUUAAGACCAUUGUGGACAAAAUGGCCAUUGAUAAGAAGGUCCUGGAGAUGCUCCCAGGGUCUGCCAGCAAGGUGCUGGAGGCCAUCUUACCCCUGGUGCAGAGCGACCCUCGGAUUCAGCACAGCUCAGCCCUCUCCUCCUGCUACAGCCGAGUGUACCAAAGUCUCGCCAACCUCAUCCGUUGGUCUGACCAAGUGAUGCUGGAAGGCGUGAACUCAGAAGAUAAAGAGAUGGUGACAACUGUGAAGGGGGUCAUCAAGGCCGUGCUGGACGGAGUAAAGGAGCUGGUCAGACUCACCAUCGAGAAGCAGGGGCAUCCGUCUCCAACAAGCCCCGUGAAACCCAGCUCCCCAGCCUGCAAACCUGACAGCCAGUCUGAGCUCCCCCUGACAGAUCGAGAGAUGGAGAUUCUAAACAAGACAACCGGCCUGUCACAGUCGACCGAGGGGCUCCCAGACUCUAUGGACGAAGAGGUUGCACCCCCCAAGCCCCCCUUACCUGGCAUUAGGGUGGUUGAUAACAGUCCUCCACCAGCACUGCCCCCGAAGAAGAGACAGUCGGCUCCAUCCCCCACCCGCGUGGCCGUUGUGGCCCCCAUGAGUCGAGCCACCAGCGGCUCCAGUUUGCCUGUUGGAAUUAAUAGGCAGGACUUUGACGUGGACUGUUAUGCACAGAGACGGCUGUCGGGAGGCAGCCACUCGUACAGCGGUGAGUCUCCCCGCCUGUCGCCCUGCAGCAGUAUCGGCAAGCUCAGCAAGUCGGAUGAGCAGCUGUCCUCUCUGGACAGGGACAGCGGGCAGUGCUCCCGGAACACAAGCUGUGAAACACUAGAUCAUUACGAUCCUGACUACGAGUUCCUUCAGCAAGACCUCUCCAAUGCAGACCAGAUACCUCAGCAAGUGGCCUGUAACCUCAGCCCGCUGCCGGAGUCCUUGGGGGAGUCUGGGUCUCCAUUUCUCGGCCAUCCUCUCCAGCUGCCUCUGGGCAGCUGUCCCCAGCCAGAUGGGUCCUCGGCGCCCGGGCAGCAGACGGACGUGCCGCCGGCCCUGCCUGAGAAGAAGCGCAGGAGUGCGGCCUCCCAGACCUUGGACAGCUCUGGCUGCCGGGCGUCCUACGAGCGACACCCCUCGCAGUACGACAACAUCUCCGAGGAUGACCUGCAGAACCCAGCCUCCGUCCAGUCCGUCCCCUUCACGCCCUUUGCUGCUAUUCUUCCCUUUCAGCAAGGAGGUUCCUCAGCCCCUGUCGACUUCGUGGGUGAUUUCACUGUUUCUGAAUCAACGGGUGACCCAGAAAAACCGCCGCCUCUCCCCGAGAAGAAAAACAAACACAUGCUGGCCUACAUGCAGCUGCUUGAGGACUACUCAGAGCCGCAGCCCUCCAUGUUCUACCAGACGCCGCAGAAGGAGCACGUGUACCAGCAGAAGAACAAGCUGCUCAUGGAGGUGUACGGCUUCAACGACUCCUUCAGCGCUGGCGACGCCCCGCACGAGCUUGCCCCGCCCCCCGCGCUGCCCCCCAAGCAGCGGCAGCUGCAGGCCUCCUAUGCUGCUUCUUCCUUCUCCUCUGUCUCCUACUGUGUCCAGCAAACUAAAGUGGCCUUCACCCCCGAGGACGGCAGUGCCGGUCAGGGCAUCAGUGUGUCCGUCUCUAACUCCUUUCUCAGCCGGCACGGCAGCUUACCUGUGCCCUCGUACAAGUCCGUGUUUAGGUCCUACUCGCAGGAUUUCGUGCCUCACAGCCAAGCUUCCGUCCAGCCUUUCCUUCCGUCUACCUCCUCUUCCUCUCCACACUUCCCACCUGUCCACCAGUCUCAGAGCUCUGACUUAGCCGUGCCGCCCGUGGCCAGUCUGCCUCCCAGCACCCUGGACGGGCUUCUCUCGUCUUCUCAGGAGAGCAGCUUUCACGGGAACACUGUCUGCCUUCCUUCCGAAACUUCUUUCACUGACUCGCCCCAGACGCCUUCGAGCAAGCACGCCUGUGAGGGGGACUACGUCAGUCUGUAUUGCUCUGGCCAGAGCGUCGAGGAGCUGGCCCGCCCUCGAGGAGAGUCACCUGCGGCGAAGGACGGACACUCCAGAGACACCACGUCGGCCGGCUGUGUGCCCGGGAAGGAGGGCAGGGACAGCGGGGACAGGGCCCUGAAGUCGCCAGACGCUCCAGAGGCUCAGUCCGAAGAGGAGGUGGACGAGCUGUCCCUCAUCGACCACAAUGAAAUCAUGGCGAGGCUGACCCUCAAGCAAGAGGGCGACGACGGGCCAGACGUCCGUGGAGGGUCGGGCGACAUCCUCCUCGUCCACGCCACAGAGACGGACAGGAAAGAUCUGGUGUUGUACUGCGAGGCCUUCCUGACCACCUACAGGACCUUCAUCACGCCCGAGGAGCUCAUCAAGAAGCUGCAGUACAGGUAUGAGAAGUUCUCUCCUUUCGCCGACACAUUCAAGAAGCGUGUGAGCAAGAACACGUUUUUCGUGCUGGUGCGGGUGGUAGACGAGCUCUGCCUGGUGGAGCUGACAGAAGAGAUCCUGAAGCUGCUGAUGGAGCUGGUCUUCCGCCUGGUGCGCAGCGGGGAACUCAGUCUGGCACGCGUGCUCCGCAAGAACAUUCUGGACAAGGUCGAUCAGAAGAAGCUGCUCCGGUGUGCCAACUCCGACCAGCCCCUGGCGGCCCGGGGCGUGGCAGCCAGGCCCGGGACCUUGCAUGACUUCCACAGCCAUGAAAUAGCCGAGCAGCUGACUCUGCUAGAUGCCGAGCUCUUUUAUAAAAUAGAGAUUCCUGAGGUUUUGCUUUGGGCCAAAGAGCAGAACGAGGAGAAGAGCCCGAACCUGACCCAGUUCACGGAGCACUUCAACAACAUGUCCUACUGGGUCCGGUCGAUAAUCAUGUUGCAGGAAAAGGCCCAAGACAGGGAACGGCUGCUCUUGAAGUUCAUCAAGAUCAUGAAGCACUUACGGAAGCUGAACAACUUCAACUCCUACCUGGCCAUCCUCUCGGCGCUGGACUCAGCCCCCAUCCGCAGGCUGGAGUGGCAGAAGCAGACCUCAGAGGGCCUGGCUGAGUACUGCACGCUUAUCGACAGCUCGUCCUCCUUCCGUGCCUACCGGGCCGCCCUCUCGGAGGUGGAGCCACCCUGCAUCCCUUACCUGGGGCUCAUCCUGCAGGACCUCACCUUCGUCCACCUGGGGAACCCAGACUAUAUCGACGGGAAGGUGAACUUCUCCAAACGCUGGCAGCAGUUCAACAUCCUGGACAGCAUGCGGUGCUUCCAGCAAGUGCACUACGACAUCCGGAGAAAUGACGACAUCAUUAACUUCUUCAACGACUUCAGUGACCACCUGGCUGAGGAGGCCCUAUGGGAACUCUCUCUGAAAAUCAAACCCAGGAACAUAACCAGGAGGAAGACAGACAGAGAAGAGAAGACCUAGGGGCGGCUGCCGCGGGCGAGGAGAAUGCCCGAGAGAGGCGCAGGGCCGCUCCGAGGCUGAAGGGACUGUGGACCUGUGCGGUGGCGGCGGCCCGUGUCCCGGCUGAGGAGCCCCAGCCCGGGCAGGCCCCUGCCGUGCCGGGCGGGCAUCCGGAGCCCACGGCCGCGGCGGAGCCACAGGCAGCUCUCGCGGCUGAGCUGUGACCCAGCGGUCUGGGUUUGGUUGGGGUUCUGCUUCCACGCCGUCUUCCACUCUGCCUGUGUCCCCUCCCCAAGCCUGGGAACCUCAGAGCACGUGGUCAGCAGACCGAGGGACGGAGAGGCAGGGUACCAUCUGAGUCUGCUGUCUUGACACAGGGGCAGGGGCCCGCGGGCUGGGGCUGCCCACCCGGUGACCGUGGAUGACCGGGCCUGCAGGCGGGCGGGCAGGGAGACCGGGCAGACUCCUCUCACUUCCCACACGCUGCUUUUUCAACGGAGGAUGGGGGCGCUGCUCACCUGGCCCGGAAAGGUACGACAGGGGGCCCCUCUGCAGCCCGGAGCUAGGGCUCCGCUCAUGGUACCGGCCCGCCCUGGCCAGGCCCAGGCAGCCACCGUGUCAGUCCUGUUUCACCCCUUCAUCUCCCCCUGCCCUCACCCCCCAACCCGGGCACCCAGGAGCGGGGCAGGCAGGCCGUGACCACCCAAGGAAGACUCCAGCUAAGUGGGGCCAGCACUCUUGGUGAGUCCCUUCAGUGAGCGGAGGGUGGGCCAGCGGCCCCACCUCUGUCGCUUGCCGUGUGCCUUAAACUCCAGCUCCUGCGGGCUCCCCUCCCGCCUUGUCCCCAGCCUGCUGGGGCCAGAUGGGCUGCUCUUCAGCCCUUUCUGCCACGUGGCCGGCUCUCCCGUGGGAGGACAGGGUCCCAGCUGUGAAGCCCCGCCCGCGAGGCCUGGCAUCUUCAGGGGAAGGUGCUUUCACCCUGCACUUCCCCCUAAGCCACUCUCACUACUGAGGCUGACAAUCCGAGGCGAGGCCAGUGGGGGCUCACAGAGGCACCCACCAGACUCCGUGCCAGCCAGGCCUAGGUGUGCGGGCACCGCCCCCCUUCUGAUUGGUUUCACAUCACUGAGUGCCCGCCGCUCCCGGGUUUGGGACUCAGGCCGGCAAAAAGCAGGCUUAGCCCAGUUUCAGCAGAAUGAAAAGAGUGGAAGCAAUCUCUUGUUAACUAUUUAAAGAAACAGCCCUGUCACUCCGAGUCCUUUGUGGGUUUCUGAACGGUUUUUAUCAAGCAGCCAUCUGUCCAGAGGGGAGGAGUCUGAAAUGUCAGCCACGACCCCUCAGCAGCGAUCCUUGGGCGGAACGCGUCACUUUAUUAUUUAAGGAGUGUGUGUGUAGAGUCGCUGUUUAUGAACAGUACUGUGUGUGGGGUUGGGUUUUAUUUUGUUCCCGCUUUUUCGAGUCCUCUCAUUUCAGCCUUCCUCCCACCUCCUUCCUGGCCUGGCCGGCUCUGCUGACGCUGCUGUGUGGGCCAGGGGCUGGCGAAGCCAGGUGACCCCGUGUGAGGACAGCAGGUGCAGUGUGCGUUUUAACUUAUUGGGCUCAGGGUUCCCCACCUCCACCUCCUGGAGACCCACCCCUGGCUCUGGGCGCUGCCAGCCUGGCUGUGUGGUUUGUCUGGCUUAGGGGCCAAGUCAGGUGUACGAGGCAGCCUGUGUGACGAAGACACGCUCAGGAGCACUCGGUUCCCUGCGGGGCCCCUCCACACCUGUGGGUGGGUCAGGGUGAAGGCAGGCAUGCGCCAGGUCCGAAUUAAACCCCGAUUCUGAGCAGCGCCUCCCCCCCCCACCUCCCAGUGUUAUUACAUUGUAAUAUAUCCCCGACUAGACUAACCGGCUGAUCGUGGCAUCUUCCUGCAGACAUUUCAAACCUGUAACUUUUAUAUGAAAGGAAAUAAACACGGAUGAAAGCCGCGGCCGCCUGUGUGUGCACCGCAUGCCGCGUGUGUCAAAGCGA